CAAAAAUCGUGUGUGUUCAUUUGAAAUCGAGGAAAUUGAAGUAAACUCGUAUAAAACGUAAAAUGGGACGCAAGAUUCCUGGUAAAAAGCAUAGAGGAGUGAAAGACCCUCUGAAGCAGCAAGCAAAGCGUCUGUCCGAGCUAACUACCAAGAUAAAUGCACCCCCUCGCGACAAAGAUGAACAGGCGAUUCCAAAAAGUUUGGAAAAGGUAAUCAAACUAAAGGAGAAAGUAAAGGAUGGAAAAGUAACAAAAAAAAAAUCAAAAAAUAAAAAGAAAAAAAAUCAGCUCAUUGUAAUGGGCGAGUAUAAUCCUAAAUUGCCUCAUCCUAAUUCGAAACCCGAAAAAGUGAUCCCAGUAUUUUCCCAAAAUCCAAACGAAAGCGGACGAGCAUUUCUCAAUAGAGUUAACUCUGAGACACAAGCUUUCAUAAACGAAACUGUGUUUGAAAAUAAAUACGGUGUUGAAGUCAAACGGAAUGCAGCUACAGGGAAUAUCGAAGGAUUGACAAAGAAACCCAAGGACGAAAUUGAUGAGCUCAUGAGAUUGAAAAUGAAACACCAAAAUACAAAAAAGAAAAAGAAAAAGAUAACUGAACCAGUAAUCAAGUUAACUAAGGCUCAGAAAAAAAAGCAGAAACUGGAGAUGAAGAAGGCAAGGAAACUACAGGACGAUGUGGAUGAAUUUAAAAUAUUCAAGGAAAAAGUGGAGUUUGGGGAUGUAGUCCACGCACCACCAGAGUUUACAACGAGGCCUCAUAAAGCUGAUGCUUCUACAACUGAGCGGCCCGGUCGGCGGAAUUUAUUACUUGACUCGUUUUUCAAGAGCAAAAACAAUGCUACGGAAAAUGUUUCAAGUGGUAACACAGUUGAUAGAUCAGGGAAACGUAAGGAUCUACCAGUAGGGGAAAGGAGACAGUUGGAAGCACGACAAAAGGAAGCUAUAUCUGCUUAUCGAAUGCUUAAGCUCAAAAACAAUCCACCUAGUUUAUGAUGGCGGGGCACUGGUACACUACCCUGAUCGGUCCACCAAACCAAGGUGCUAAUUCUUCUUAUCAAAUAUGACAAACGAGAGAUUGACGUUCGUGUUUUCAUGUGCAUCAAAAUUAUGAAUCCCUGUCCAUACUUGGAUUUAAUGUGAACGACGAAUCACGUUAGAAGGUAAUUAAACCCACAUUAAGGUGGAAUAGAAAUUUAUCCAGUUGUCCAUACAAAUGGCUCUAAUCGUUCAUCAACAGGCAAUAAAUUAUUAAGCGUU